AUGCAGGCACCAAAAAAAAAAGACCGACGGACUCAAGAGGAGAUGGUUUUGAGGGACCUUCUGGAGGAUUGUGUACGCGGAGCUCUGGGUUCUCGCCUAUCAAAAGAAAGAAGAACUGCAUGUAUUGGAGAAGGUACAGAUACAGGUGAAGAACACAGAGGUGCAGUGUUCAGUGGGAAUUUGGUUCUGAAGUGGUCCCCCUGA